UCUCACGUUGUAGCUACUCAACUUCAAACACCUAAAAAUCACUUCGUUCUUCUCUUGUGUUCAACCGUGUUCUGUUGCCAUCACCGCAUCUUCGCCGGUGUUUUGUUGCCGCAAUCUCGUCGGAGCCUAGCGUUGUGGUCUUCUUCAUCUUCACACUUCAACUCAGGCUCUUUCUGCCCCUUAAACAGGAGCUUCAAGGAAAUCACCACCUUUUGCUUUGAUUGCUUGUAGAAAGAAGGUUUUUCAGUCGCAAUUAACACGGAAAAUAAAAAUUUGACUGGAACUGCAAGAUAUGCUAGCAUGAAUACUCACCUUGGCAUUGAACAAAGUCGAAGAGAUGAUUUAGAGUCUCUUGGUUUCGUUUUGAUGUACUUCCUGAGAGGGAGUCUUCCUUGGCAGGGACUUAAAGCAGGAAACAAGAAGCAAAAGUAUGAGAAAAUUAAUGAAAAAAAGGUUUCUACAUCGAUUGAAGCUUUGUGUCGGGGUUAUCCAACAGAAUUUGCAUCAUACUUCCAUUACUGUCGCUCAUUAAGGUUUGAUGAUAAGCCAGAUUACGAUUAUCUCAAAAGGAUAUUCCGUGACCUGUUUAUUCGGGAAGGUUUGAAAUUAUUAUUAUAUAGAAAGGAUAACUUUUUCCUCAUUUCUUAAGUUUAUAAUUUAUAGCUGUUCUAAUUGAGAUUAUUUUAAAAUACUAUUUGAUCUAAUUUCUUCUUUUAAGGAGAAGAGAAGAUAGUAAGUAUGUAUGGUCCCUAUUUUCGAAGACAGUGACAUACACUAUUUUAAGAAACAUGUAUAUAUGGUCCCUGCUGCACCUUUGAUACUGAGAGAAAGAAAAAAACUCAAUGGAUUCCAAAUUUGAUGGGCCUACAAAUUGAAUUCAUCAGUUAUGAAAUUACCUGUUUCUGGUGCAUAUAUAUUUCCUUGAUUAAAGUGUCCUAUCAAAUACUGUUAGAAGAUCUAUUAGAAAUAUAUUUGGUUUUGGUUGAAAUAUUAACUACUUAAAUAAGGUGGACUAAGUUUUAUUCUAAAUGUGUUUCUUUUGUAGUAACUUUGAUUUGACAUUGUUAAAGGUUGUGAUUUUUGUUUGUUUGUUUUGAUUUGUGAUUUAACAGAAACAAA